CUUCGCUUCCAUUCCCCAUAGCCCACGGUAACGCGAAUCGCACCAAAUCCAACCGAAGAAUCGUUCGACUCCGCCCCGCCACCAUGAGCUUCUCGUCCAUGAGCAAGCAGCAGGUGCUGGACGCCGGCGAGGGGGCUGGGGAAGAGGUCGUGGAGAUGAUCCCGGGGCUGCCGGAGGAGGUGGCCGAGAAGUGCCUCCUACACCUGCCCUUCCUCUACCACCGCCUCUUCCGCACCGUCUCCACCACCUGGAACCGCUUCCUUUCCGACACGCCGGCAAAGCCGCUGCUGUUUCCUCCGGCGGCUGGAGCGGGGGCGGCGGGGGUGACGUCCGUGUCGCUCUCGCUCCCGUUCCUCUUGGCCUUCGCCUUUGACCCUGUUUCUCGGCGCCUCCAGUGCCAGGCGCUCGACCCUUUCUCGAGGAGGUGGCUCCUGCUGCCGCCGGUGCCCGGAGGCGCCGCGGCCGGGUCGUUCGCGGUGGUGGGGCUCCCCCGCCGCGGCGAGAUCUACGUGAUUGGGGGCGUGGAGGAGGGCGGCGAGAAGGCGGUGAGGAGCGUGGCGGUGUACAGCGCCGCAAGGAACGGGUGGGAGGAGGCGGCGGCGAUGCGGACGCCCAGGGGGUACAUGGCGGCCGGGGAGGUGGGAGGGCGGGUGGUGGUGGCCGGGGAGGACGGCGAGGCGGAGGUGUUCGACCCGGAGGCCGGGCAGUGGGCGCCGGCCACGUCGCGGCGCGGCGCGGUGGUGGCGAGGUACGACGCCGCGGCGGCCGGGGGCAAGCUGUACGUGACGGAGGGGUGGGCGUGGCCAUUCGAGCGCGCGCCACGGGGCGCGGUGUACGACGCGGCGGCGGACUCGUGGGGUGAGAUGGCGCGCGGGAUGCGUGAGGGGUGGACGGGCUCCUGCGCCGUGGCCGGCGGCCGGAUGUACAUCGUGGCGGAGUAUGGGGAGUGGAGGUUGAAGCGGUACGACGAGGCGCGGGACGAGUGGAGGAUGGUAGCCGGGAGCGGGGUGCCCCCCGAGGUGCGUCGGCCGCACGUCGUCUCCGGCGAGGUGGGGGAGAUCACCGGCGGGAGGCGGAGGAUAUACGUGGUGGGGGCCGGCCUCGACGUCGCCGUGGGGACGGUGGCCGCUUCCGCCUUCCCCGGCGUCCACGGCGGCGAGGAGGAGAUGGUGGAGUGGGAGGUGGUCAAGGGCCCCGCUGAGUUCGCCGGGCUCGCGCCGUGCAACGCGCAGGUCCUCUACGCCUGACGCGCGCCGGGCCCGCUCGUCGGUCGAACGUCUGCGUCGCUGGCCGGAGAAGCUUCGGCUCUGGCUCACCCACGAGGCCCACCAGCCGGUGCCGCGUCACCUCGCCGGCGAGGCGCCGUGCUGGGCCAACUGUCAGUGACACGUGACGCCUGCAGCGCAUCGGCGGCAAGAGUGGCUGGCUCGCGGGAUGCGCCUCAGAGCAUCGGUGCCGCUCACACAGGCACAGGUGUGCCACGUGGGACCAGUCUGUCAGUGAGGAGUAUUCUCGUCUCAGAGGAGAUCGAGCGUGCUAGCACUACACCCGUGGAUCUUUAUCUUUCGAGAUUUCGCUUGUACGCGUACAUUAUUGUAAGCACUUUUGGAUAAACGAGAGAGAGGAGAAAGAAAUGGGCGUGAAA